AUGGCUGAUCCGACGAUACAAACGUUCUGUUGUCACCAUUCCAACAGAACGGAUAUGGCAAUUGUAAUAAUGCAAGAAUUCAACACGGAUGUUUACAACACUGUCUGCAUACUCUCUUCCACUAUAGGUAUCCUAGGUGCAGUGUACCAGAUACUUCCAAGAGAAGCAUCCAGUCUUCCUCACAGGUGGCAAGGUUUUUCUGCAUCCAGAGGAAGAGAGAUUAUCAUAUGGCUUGCAAUUGCAGACCUCUUGGCCUCAUUAGGUGUGUUCAUAAGAUCAGCAUUAUGGGUGAAUUUUAAAUCUAUAAUGCCUAUGGAGAAUGACACUUCAAGUGUUGUUUUUUGUGCACUCUCAUCGGCCUGGACACAGUAUUUUUAUAUGGCAACAUGGAUCUGGACUCUUUGCUAUGCCAUUGACAUGAAACUAUUAUUAGGAGAUCGAUCUGGUCAUCCUACUUGUUACCAUGCUUUUGCAUGGAUAUGUCCAGCAAUUUUAACUACAUUUGGCUUAACAAUUUUAUAUAUACCAGAUGCAAACUGCCAUAAUUUAACAUCAUUGUCCACUGCUAUACUACGUAUUCUACCGAAUUAUUGCGCUACCUAUGUACUAUUAGCAGUAGUCAUGAUAGUUAAUCCCGUAUUAUAUUUCGCGUCAACGCGAGAUCUUCAAACUGCCGUCACUUGUAGUUUAGCGCAAAUAACAGGCAGAGAAAGGAAAUUGGUGCAAGCGAUAAGAGUUAAAUUUGCAUUGACAAACGUCGUAUAUUACGUGUGCUGGCUACCAAAUUUAAUUAAUGGAAUUUUAUUAUGGACUUUGUGGUUUCAGUUACCAAUAAAAGCGAUCAUUACACUUUGGUACAUAAUGGCUGUUACAAAUCCUCUUCAGGCGUUCUUCAACGCUCUCGUUUAUAAAAGGUGGGGGAGAAGGGAGAAAUUUCGACUGGAGUGUUGUCAGAAAUUGGGGAACUUUAACUUGAGUCAAAUCACAAAAGGAGAGACGAGUAUGCGAUUAACAGAGUCAUCACCCUUAUUGGAUCCGAAAUAUGGGUGUCCGCCGCAUACAAGUAUUAACGGAUCCUCUUCGUUUUAAAAACUGUGAUACACGAAACCUCAU